CAAUCGGGUGUAUACGAUAUAGAAUUUCAUAUACGAAGCGGUUGCAUUUUGACGAUGAAAUCUGAAGCUAUGCGGCUUAGACGAACCUCACGAACAAUCUCAAGAGCGAGACGGCAACAGGCAACAACAGAGCGCGCGAGUGAGAGGCAUUUGUCGUGUGCGGAGUGCGCGUCCCGAAUUUGAACAACAGCAACAACAGCAGCAACAGCAACAACUUUCGUUAAUAAUAUUGUUUUGUUUGCUAUACGACAACUGAACAAUUGAAUAAUAAAAGGCAUUUCAUGCCAAAGCUGUUGACAGCGCACAAACUAAACAAACAAUUGCAAAAUUCCCUUUGGCUAAGAAUUGUUAGUGGCCAAAUUGCUUUUAUGCAAAGCCGGCUGCUAAUUAAUUCAACAAAAUUCCAUUUUGGCAACACACAAAAAUAUUAUCAAAAAAUCAACAAUAAGCAAAAGCAAAAGCAACAACAAAAGCAAGCAACAGGCUUUGCCAGCAACAACGUCCUGCCGCCCACAAGGCUAAAUCACAAGAGCAACAACAACAACAACAACAACAGGAGGGAGAGCAACAAAUUGGACAAUUAGCAAAAUGGAUCCACAACAGCAGUUCUGCCUCAAAUGGAACAGUUACUCGUCCAAUCUAGCAAUCACAUUCUCCAACCUAUUCAAAUCGGAUCUGCUGGCCGAUGUUAUAUUAUCCUGCGAUGGCGUCGUCUUCAAAGCCCACAAACUUAUAUUGGCCGCCUGCUCGAAGAAGUUUGCCGAUCUGUUUGAGACCACGCCCACAAAUGGCCAGUGCGUCAUCAUCCUGGAGGCGACCACGUCGGACAACAUGGCCGCACUGCUGGAGUUCAUGUACAAGGGAGAGGUGCAUGUGUCCCAAGAGGCGCUCAACAGUUUCCUCAAGUCCGCCGAGAGUCUGCAGGUCAAGGGUCUGUCCACGGAGACUGGUCGCUUGGCCGCCCAGCAGGCUCAACAACAACACAUGGUCGGCGAUCUAUCGCCGCUGGACUCACCCACCGGACGACGCAGCAUGCGCAACAGUCUAAGCGGCAGCGGCGCAGUCGGAGCUGCGGGCAACGGCGCCAUUUCGGGCAACGGCAAUGGCCUGAGCCUGGCCAGCGCCUUCAGCGGCAUGGCAGCGGCCGGCGGCAUGGCUGCGGCUGCUAGCAUAGCCGCCAGCGGAUUGAGCGCCUUGGCGACGAGCGCAGGCGCGCUGGAUCGCUGCGGCAGCGCGGGUGGCAACAUCGGCAGCGGCUCGCCCUCGGGCAUUGGCCCAUUGAGCGCUGGCAGCGGCGGCGGCGGCAAUGGCGGCAGCAGCAGCGUCGGAGGCAACAACGGACCCAUCAGUCUGGGCAGCGGCGCUGGCGCCGCACUGCACUUGGGCGGCGGCUCCACCAACAUAAUGAAGCAGGAGUGCGACUCGCUGAUGCAUCCGAGCAGCUCCUCCUCGAUGGGCUAUGUGCCGCCCAUGUACCACCGUCCCAUGCAGCCGUUCAACGAGCCGCUGCGGAAGCGUCCGCUGCGCAGUCCCUUCGCCGAGCAGGAGCUGCGCGGCAGUGUGCUGCGAGAUGGCUCCAAGAACUCGUCCGAGUGCCCCAGUCCAGUGAACAAGCCGCCGUACCAUCGACCCUCGUCCAGCGCCAGCUCCACAGCGCCCACAGAGGCGGACACAAUGCACUCGGAGCGCGCUUCGCCGCAGUCCAGUCGCUACGAGAACAACAGUCCCAGCACCACGGCGGGCAAUGGCAACACCCCCAGCCACCUGGUGCGCAUUGUCAAGUCGGAGCGCAACAAUGGCAGCGCCAACGAGGCCAAUGAUGACGACCGCGAGCUCAUGGAUGAGUCCACAGAUAACGGCGCCGAGGAUCUGCGCGUCAAGCUGGAGAACUCAAACUUCUCACCGCCACCAGCGAACUCGAACACCUCGUCGACCACACCGAACGCGCUGCUGGAGAACCUGAAAAACGCCGACGGCUCGUUGUCGGGCAACUUGGCUGCGUCCAUAGCGCCGGCGGACAUGCUGAACGUGUGGAACGCCACGAAGAUGAACAACAAGAACAGCGUGAACACCGCCGACGGCAAGAAGCUCAAGUGUCUCUACUGCGACCGCCUCUACGGCUACGAGACGAACCUGCGCGCCCACAUCCGGCAGCGCCAUCAGGGCAUCCGAGUGCCCUGUCCAUUCUGCGAGCGAACCUUCACGCGGAACAACACCGUGCGGCGCCACAUCGCCCGGGAGCACAAGCAGGAGAUUGGCCUGGCGGCCGGCGCCACCAUUGCGCCGGCCCAUGUGGCGGCAGCGGCGGCGGCAGCAGCGGCCGCCAAUCACUCACCAUAGGAAGCAGCCGCAACGGCAGCGGCAGCAGUAGUCAUGAGCGCGCACAAGGAGGCGGCGAAGCAGCGUAAACGUAAAUCACUCAAGAUGGCAUUGGAGAAGUGCAUGCAGCGGCGGGACGCGAUGGCCGCUGAGGGCGGCACUGGGGCAGGGGAGCAGGGGGGCGAACAGGCGGCGGCGGCUGCAGCAGCGGCUGCGGCGCGGGCGGCGCAGGAUCUGCUGAGCUUUGGGCAGCAACAGCAGCAUCAUGUGCACCACGAGCUGGCGAUGCAAAUCAAGGCGGCCAUGGCCGCCGAGCAGGAGCAGCGCGAGCAGCAACAGCGGGCGGAGGCCAUGGACACCACGGCCCACAACACGACCACAAACACAUCGGCGGCCACUGAAACGUCGGCGACGACGACGACGACAACGACGACAAUGACGGGCGAUGCGUCGACCACAACAACCGACGGCAGCGAUGCGGAGGCCAGCGAGGCACCCUCGCUAGCCAUGGACAUUGAUGAGCCCAUGCGCUCACCCGAAAUGCAGCCAGAGUCGGAGCUUGUUGUGGUCGAGCCCAAGAUCGAGCCGUUGUCGGACAGCGAGGAGGACGAGCAGGAGGAGCAUAUGCCCUUCGCGGAGGAGCCUCUCGACGACGAUGCCGACGAUGGCAUGCAACGCACGCCCACGCCCACAAGCCAAAUGAUGCCACACGAGGUGCCCAUGUUGACCUCCACGCCCAAGGUCAAUGUGGAUGCCAAUAACGAGUAAGCCCAAGCCCAAGCCCCACCCCCCAAGCCCAAGCCCAAACUAAGUUAAGAAUUGAUGCAAAUUUAUUGAUUGAUUGAGUGAUUAUUGAUGAUAAACGAUUUACGCGCGCGCUAUGAGCAUCGCAGAUCAGAGUGAGAUCUGGCGAUGACGACGAUGAUGAUGAUGAUGAUGAUGAUGACUACUGUUGCAACUGUCGUUGCCCUCGGAGACCACCAAAAAGACCUACGCCUGCCCCCACUGGCCUGGCCUAGGCAAUUGAUUAAUUUUACUAACUAAUUUAACUAACUUUAUUGAAUAACAGAACUCACCUUAACACACACACACACCAACACACACGCACACACACAUCCAUGUAUUUGGAACGCAUGAUUUUCCUUUUUUUUAACUGUUCUUCGAACCCAUUUUAACACUAAAACAGCCACAGCCACAACAAGAAUUUUAACUGAGAGAGCUACAAUUGAAUUUUUAUUAUUAAAUGGCAAUUUUAAAUAAUACUGCAAUCCGGUUGAAAAAUCGUUUUCAGGGUGCUAAUUAACGAAUCAAGAAAAGAAAGAGAAACCAAUUAAGAAUCGCCUCAAAGCAGAACAAUUGAAAACUCUAUGAAGGAAAAUGCAAGAAAAUUAAAGUGAAGAAAAGUUUGAACGUUUUUGAUUGGUACCGCGCAUGUAGCUGAAAUAUAAUAAUAAUAAU